GCAGAUGGACAUUACACAAACCUGUUCUUGUGGUGAUUUGAACGAGCACAUUCAAAUAUCUAAUGACAGGUCGACUUUCAAAUGAGUAUACAUACUGUAUAGAUAGGGUAUUUAUAGGUCAACUGUUUAUGCUUUCAUAUAAUUUGACAAUAUGACACUAUUGGGCUUUAGAGUUUUAAACAUGUUAAUUGUUGGUGCAACAAAUAUUUAUCUGCCUUUUUCCAACAUUUUUGCAGGGCCAGCAAUGGCUACAUCCUCAAACCCCCCCUUCCGACAAGAUGAUGGUCUGUGGAUAUUUCUUCAGAACAGAGGUGUUCCUGAGGAGAAUAUUCAGAAAAUGCAGCAGGAUCAUAUUGACAGCUCGGUAAUUGGAGACAUAGAUGAUGCCACUAUGGCUGCUUACAUUCCAGCCUAUGGUGACAGGAUUGCCACAAGGCGUUUCUGUUUGGAAAAACAGAGAAGAGGCGGUGAUGAUACAAAAAGACAGUCCUUAUUUGAAAAACUUAAAAAAAAAAUGGGCACAAUGAGCAACAAAGGUAUUGAUCAAGGUUUUGAGGGGGAAAAUCCAGUGCAGCCAACAAAGAUGCAUCUAAAAACUAAUAAGAGAGCCUGUAAGAUGACUAGAAAAAUAGAAUUAGGGUGGAUACAUGACAACAAACAAGUCAGAAAACGCAGUGGUGGAGGAACCAGAGUUCUUGAUAUUAACAAGAAAGCCACUAAAAGCGAGAUUCUGUCACAUGCUAAAAAAUUGUUUUUCCCUAAUGAAAUGUCAAUGAAGGGAAAGUGGGAAGAGUUCAGUUACGACAUAGUUGACUUUCAGGAAGCAUGUGUUGAUGAGGAUGUUAGCGUGGGAGACCUCUACGAAACACACAAAUUGGGGUUGUUAAGAUUUUAUUUGUUCACAAACACCCUGACCAGUGAAAAUGAAACAGAGGAAGGAGCUGAUAUACAGACAGAUGAGCAACAUGAAAACACAGCAGAGCCUGGACAAGAGAAACACACAAUGGAAGAGGUCGAGCAGCUGACACAGAAAAGACAAAACAGUCAACAUCAAAUGUACAUAGUGGAAGGUGAUGAGCAAAGCACUGCCACAAUGUCAGCUGUUGUCUCUAUUGAUCUUACAUCUUUGUGUGAUACAUCAGAGGUCAUUAUUGGUCCUUUGCCAGGUGGGCCGUUUUUAGGUGAUCUCGAUGAUACACUCGUACAUGAGCCAAUCCUUGCAAUAGAAGAACAAAUGAACAUCCCCACCUACACCUCAACUCCUACUGAUGCUGAGACAGCCUCUGCUAGACCACCAAGUCCUGCCAGUGAACUUUUGUAUGUGACUGUGAAACUUCACAGAGUGACACUCUUGGAUGAACUGAUUGCCCAAUUCAAGGAUGAUGCAAUGAUGAGCUACUCUGUGAAAUACAGCUUCAUCGAUGAAAUGGGGGCAGAUGCUGAUGGUGUGUCCCGGGAUGUGUACGCCGCCUUCUGGACAGAAUUUCUAGACUGUGCUGCAGAGGGUGCAGAUGUGAGGGUGCCAUCAUUAUCCCCAAAAUGGCAAAAGGAGGAAUGGAAGUCUGUUGGCAGGAUAUUGGCCAAGGGACUGAAGGACCAUGGGUAUUUUCCAUUUCGGCUGGCACAAGCCUUUACAGCAGCAGUCGUCUUUGGUGAACACUCUGUUUCACCUGAUUUACUGGUUGACUCGCUGAUGUUGUAUCUUAGUCAGUCUGAACGUGAUCUCUUGUCCACUGCUUUGCAAGAGGCUGUUGUCGGCAAUGAUGAGGAAGAGCUUCUUGAUCUGAUGGAUCGCAUGGGAGUGAGAACAGUACAUCACAGGAUAACUUGAGAGCCGUGCUUGUCCAGGUGGCUCACAAGCAAAUAAUCCAGCACCCAAAAUAUGCACUGGAUAAUAUUGCAGAACUUGCAGGACCGACACUCAGGAAGUUUUUCCCCAGUGUACAGGAUAUGAAGAAGAUGUAUGAGGAUCUUAAACCAACAACACGAAAGGUGUUAAAGAUGAUAACAGCUUUUCCAGCUACUUCAGCAGACAACCAAAGUUUGCGAUUUUUUCCAUCAGUACAUUAGGGGACUGGAUGAAAUUGGCCUCCAGAAGGUGAUGAGAUUUCUAACUGGGUCUGAUGUCAUCUGUGUAAAAGAAAUUCAAGUCACAUUCACCUCUUUGGAAGGGCUAGCACGGCGGCCAAUUGCACACACUUGUGGCCCAACUUUGGAGCUACCAUCAACUUACAACAGCUAUCCUGAGCUUCGAGCUGAAAUGGAGGCGAUACUGUCCUGCAACUCUUAUGCAAUGGACAUUGCAUAAGAGUGCCUAAAUGACCUAUGAACACAUACACACCUUUCUCUUCCCCAUCAGUGCCAGCUAUUUAGGUUUAGACUGUGUGUAAAUGUGGGAUAGAACAUGCAAGGAGAAUAUGCGAUUAGCUCAGGAGCUGUAUGAUGAGUGCAGAAUGUUUUUAUUUUAUUUUAUUAAAUUUCAAGAUUUUGGUUUUAUGAUAUCAAGAAACAAUUUAUAUUUUACUUUGAUCUAACCCUCCUGUUGUCCUCGGGUUAGGAAGGAAGGAGGAAAGAAGGGAGGGAUGGUGGGAGGCAGGAAGGAAGGAAGGAAGGACAGAGGGGAAGAAAGAA